AUGGAAAUGGAUUUUUUUAAAGAUAUUUUUUCUACCAAAAUUCACGGCCCUCCUGAUAUCUCUUCCUUCACUCCCAAUUAUUAUCUUUCGGAGAGGGAUUGUUUAAGUCUUAGCAGAAUUCCUAACUCUGAUGAGAUUAAAGAAUGCCUUUUUAGAAUGAAUCCCCUCAACUGUCCUGGUCUCGACGGCAUCCAGCCAAAAUUCUUCCAACAUUUUUGGGAACAUUUGCAUUCUGAAAUUAGUGAUUUUGUUAUACAUUGCUUUAAUACUUCCAAAAUCCCAGAGUGUAUCAAUAAAUCCUAUAUGGAAAAAUAUAGUUUAGAGUGGAGUUUUAUUAGGGAUACUCUUACUGGUUUUGGUUUUCCUUUGGCUUUAACUAAUCUCAUUAUGGAUUGUAUUUGUUCUCCUUCCAUUUCGGUUCUUUGGAAUGCUGAGAUCACGGAUAGCUUUAAGCCUUCUAGGGGUAUUAGGCAAGGUGAUCCCAUGUCUUCCUAUAUUUUCGUUCUUUGUCUAGAGCGAGCGUUCCUCAACAAUGUGACUGUCAUGAUGGAUGUGGUUAAGGAUUUUGGUCGUAUAUCUGGUCUUAAUGUGAAUGAGUCUAAGUCCUCGAUGAUUUUCCCUACCAAAAUGUGUCAUGUUGUUAGACGAAGUGUGGCUGCCCCCUUUAAUCUAUCUUGCUCUUCUGGCUUUGGUAAGUAUUUAGGAAUCAACAUUCUCCCAAAUAAGCUUAAAAGCUCUAAUUACUUAUCUUUGCUAGACAAAACUAUUAAUCGGAUUAAAGGAUGGCAAGCCAAACUUCUUAAUCUUGCGGGUAGAUCUACCUUGAUCAAAUCGGUUCUUGAUUCCUAUCUGGUUUAUCAUAUGCAAACUAAUCUCCUUCCCAUCUCUAUCCUUAAUAACCUUGAAAAAAGUUGUCGAAAAUUUCUGUGGAACAAAGUGGAUCAUGUUCAUUACUCCCCUAGAAUUGGACGGGCUCAUGUUACUAAACCUAUGGAGAUAGGAGGGUUAGGAAUUAGAAGACUGAGGGAUUGGAAUUUAGCUUUUAUGUCUAAACUUGGUUGGACCAUGUUAAAUAAUCCCAAUAAGCUGUGGGUUCGAAUUUUCAAUAAAAAAUAUCUUAAAUCUUCUGCCUUUCUUGAUCACAUUCCUAAUAAUUCUCAAUCCCAAAUUUGGAGAGAUAUCUUGAAAGGUAGGGAGCUCUUGGCUAAUGGUAUGAAAAUAGGAAUUGGGAAUGGUACAAAGCGGAUAAUGAGAGGGAGAUGGAAGCUAUUGCAAUUACUCCUCGUAGGAAUCGUCUUGCCUGGUAUCCUUCCCCCAAAAGGGUAUGCCAAGGUUACAACUGACGGUACUUGGGUGGCCAUUAAUGAUGCUGCUAGUGGUGGAUAUGUUAGAGGCAGGAUGGUUCAUGGGUGA